AUGCAUUCGCAGCACCCAUACUACCCACACCGUCUGAGCAACACAAUCAUCGGCUACCUCAACCUGGUGACGCUCGUAGCAUCCAUCCCCAUCAUUGGCGCAGGGCUGUGGCUGGCGCACGGCUCUGCCGCCACAUGCGAAUCCGCACUGCAGACACCGCUGCUAGCCAUCGGAUUCAUUGUUCUCCUCAUCUCCCUAGCCGGCUUCAUCGGCGCAUGCUACCAUGUGACAUGGGCGCUGUGGCUGUACCUCCUCGCCAUGCUGCUGCUCGUCGUCGCCCUGCUCGGGAUCACAGUCUUUGGUUUGGCAGUCACAGCCGGGGGCGGUGGCAGGCAAGUAUCUGGCAGGGCGUACCAGGAGUUCCGGAUCACAGAUUACUCAGCCUGGCUCCAGAGGCAUGUCGAGGUUGAUCGCUACUGGCGGCCAGCGCUCGCAUGCGUUGUCGGGUCCAGAGCCUGCCCCAGGAUCGCCACUUGGACUCCCCUCGAUUACCUCCAGCAUAAUCUCACGCCAAUACAGUCUGGAUGCUGCAAGCCACCGACAUCAUGCACAUACAACCAAGGCAUACCAAUUGCGCCGCAAGACGAGGACUGCUAUCGGUGGAACAAUGCCCCCAGCAUUCUGUGUUACCAGUGCGAUUCAUGCAAAGCCGGAGUGCUGGAGCAGGUGCGCCGAGUCUGGCACAAUAUCACCAUCCUCAACGUUAUCAUCCUUGUUGUACUCAUAGCCAUCUACUCGUGUGGGUGCUGUGCUUUCCGCAAUGCUCGCCGUGCCGAGUCUGCUGGGUACCCAUAUGGGGUAAACCGCAUGUCCAAGAUCAAUCCACGAUGGGAUUACUUCUGGUAA